GUGACGCGACAUCAUAAUCAACAUCGUCAUCAGCAACAUCACCACCACCACCCACCCACCAACCACCAUCAUCGUCAACCACCACCAACACGACAUCACAGAUCCUCCAUCACGGGCGGAACCACGACGUUGUUAUCGGCGGUUCUAAGUCCAGCGGAGACGAGGACGAGGACAAGCAGAAGACGAUAAAAGAGACGAGGAGAAGGGUGCGGUUACCGCGGGUUUCAUCUUCAAACUUACCAGUGGCAUCGCCCGUAACGAAGUGAAACGAGAAGGAGGUGGUAGAGGUGGUGGAGAACGAAGAUAGGGACGGGAGGGGGAGAGGAACCGGUGGAGGAGGAGGAGGAGGCCGCUCCUCUGUUGUCGCGCCCCGCGGGACAUGCGUGUGCGCGGGUAAUGAGCAACAGAGCUGCGAGCAUUCGCGGCAGCAAGCGACAGCAGCCGCAGCGCUGGAAUGAGUGGGAGCCCAGGGACAGGGAGCGAGGAAGCAGUGGAACUUCUACGCCACAAUUCUCUGGCGAAUCCCACCAGGCGUGGAAGAAGCAUGAGUCCGGCCGAGGCCACUUUGAGUCGCGCAGUCACGACAGAGGAGGGAGGUAUGAGGUUAAUGGGGGCCCAGGAGAGAGCUCCUACCAGAGGAGGGCGGCGAGGCAAGAGCUGAGGGGUGUGGAUGUGAACGCCGAGGGAUCCACAACCGUACAGCAUGGCAACCGUGCCUCUGCUUCCAAAGAAAUGAGGAAACCACUAGAGCGUCAGUCCUACUCUGAGGACUCUCGAUUGUCUCAUCUCCUGCGGAGAGUGUCUCGGGAAGAUGACAGGGAACGUCGUCUCAACACAGCCCGGCAGCUGAGAGAAUUCAUCCAGCAGCCAGACAAUAGGCUGGUUCUUUUUAAACAGCUCGACAAUGUUUUGGCAGUCCUUGAGGAUGUCGUUAAUGAGAGCAGUAAACUGCUGCUGGAACUGCGCCAAGAAGCUGCUGCCUGCCUAGGGCUGCUCUGCUGCACCCUGGGCUACGAUGCUGAGAAGGUCUUUACAUGGAUCUUUGGCAAGUUUGACUUGUCCAGCAAAGACGAUGUGAAAAUGCUGUACCUGUGCGCUGUGCACCGGGGCCUGGAGGCUGCCGGCGACAGCAAGACUUUCACCAGCGUCAUGCCGUCUGUAAUGAGCAGCUUACAGUCCAUCCUGGAGAAUGUGGACCCCCCUGAUUUGCUCUGCCACUGCGUGCAUUGCAUCCUCCUGCUAGCACGCAGCUACCCGCACGUCUUCAGCACUAAUUUCAGGGACACGGUGGAUAUUUUGGUGGGAUGGCACAUAGACCACACGCAGACCAGCAGCCUCACACAGAAGGUUUCUGGCUGGCUGCAGUGUCUGGAACAGUUCUGGGUGGCCGACCUCGCCUUCUCCAUCACCCUCCUUGGGCAAUUCCUCGAGGACAUGGAGGCCUAUGCAGAGGAUUUGAGGCAUGUUGUGAGCGGGGACUCGAUGGACGAGGAGGUUCCUCCGCCGUCCGUGUCACUGCCUAAACUGGCAGCGCUGCUCCGAGUGUUUAGCACAGUGGUGCGCAGCAUUGGGGAGCGAUUCAACCCCAUCAAGGGCCCUCCCAUCACAGAGGCCUACGUCACAGAGAUCCUGCAGCGCGUGGUGAUAUGCGUGAGCGUGGCAAAGCAGGCCUACUUCUCGGAGGCGGUGAUGACGGCGGGGAACGAGUGCGUGUGCGUGCUGCUCGGCAGCCUGGAACCCGAGCUCGCGUGCACGGUGGAGGGCCCCGUGGAGUUCGGCCUGAGCCAGCUGGAGCAGCCUGACACCUACGCUAUCGGAUACACCGUGUCCAUCCUCAACCUCAUAGCCCUAAUCGUGGAACAGUUUGGUAGUAAGCUUCCCUCUUCGUUUGUGGAGAAGCUGUUUUCUCGUGACUCAAAUCUGCUUAAGCUACGACUGCACAGAGACAACCAGGUGGUGAAGGCAGCCCUCUCCGUAUACCAAUCCGUGCUUGGCCUCAAGAACAUCCCGGUGCUGGAGAGCGCCUACCGGCUGAUCCUGGGCGAGGUGGCGUGCGCCGUCAAGAGCCUGCUGGCGUCACUCGGGGCGGAAGACACUGACUCUGUUUGCGUCGACCUCCUCCACCCCUCGUUCGCUGGCACUGUGCUCAGUGCCGACAUGGCGGAGGCAGCGCUGGUCUUCAACCUGUGUGCUCUCACCACCAUCGGCAACGCCAAAAAUUCCAUCAUUGGCAUGUGGGCACUGUCUCCGACCGUGUUUGCGCUGCUGAGCGAGAACCUGACGGUCGUGCAUUUGAACAUCGCGCUGCACUUCCCCGCGGUGCAGUACGCUGUACUCUACACACUGUACUCCCACUGCACCCGCCACGAGCACUUCAUCUCGAGCAGCCUCAGCUCACUGUCGCCGUCUCUCUUUGACGGCGCCGUCAUCAGCACGGUGACCAUGGCAACGAAGAGGCACUUCAGCACCAUCAUCAACCUGCUGGGGUCCCUGCUGUGCAGCGACAAGCUGGCCCCCGACAGCAGGCAGAUGCUGUUGACCUGGGCCCAGGAGAUUGCAGUGCUCAUGAAAAAGUCCGAUACUUACAGCCCCUUGUUCUCCUGUUCGGCUUUCCACACUUUUGUCAAAGGACUUCUAGUCACUGCGAUGCACGAGGAGCCAUCGUUUUGCUUGCAGAGCUGCAGCAGCCUCCAGAUCCUCGCCUCAUCUCUUCCCCAUGACGAAAUGCAACGGUGUGCCGGGGUUUGCCAGGUGCAGCUCUUCCACACAGCCGGCCGUGUCAAGCAGGCCUUUGGGAAACUUCUCAAAGCUCUCCCCGUCGACAUCGUGCUUUGCAUCAACGACGGCGGCUGCAAGGGUGAGGUGCAGAGCGUGUCCCUCGGGCUGCGCGCACACAUGGCUCGCCCCGCCAGCGGCACCUUCCACCCGCACGACUUCUCCGACAUCCUCGCCUUCAUCCUCUACGGCACGCUCAACCGCUCCGGGAAGGACCCGUGGCUCGAGCGGUUGUAUCACAGCUGCCAGCGGCAGGACAAGGUGGAGGUGCGUGCCGGUGUGACGCAGCAGCAGCGGCUGCUGCGCUGCGAGGCGGCACUGUGGCUGUGGGCCGUGUGGGAGGCAGCGCAGUUCACAGUUCUCUCCAAGCUGCGCACACCUCUUGGACGCGCGCAGGACACGUUCCAGACCAUCGAAGGAGCUGUGCGGAGCCUCGCCGGAGUGGCUCUGAACCCCGAGGGCGACGGGGGCGGCUCGUGGACGCACGCCGAGGCCGACGAAGGCCACAGCAACUCGCAGCUGCGGCUCACGUUGCUGCUGCACUACCUUGAGGCGCUGGAGAAGCUGAUGUACAACGCCUACGAGGGCUGUGCCUCCGCCCUCAUGCCCCCGCCUAAGGCCAUCCGGACGUUCUUCUUCACGAACCGGCAGACGUGCCAGGACUGGCUGACGCGGAUCCGGCUGGCGGCAAUGCGCGUGGGGCUGCUGGCGGGACAGCCGGCCGUCACGGUGCGCCAUGGCUACCACCUGCUGGCUGAGAUGAAGGCCGGCGGCACCACACAGGGAGGCGAGUUUGAAUCGGCGGUGAUGAUGGUUGUGGAGGCCCUGCGGGACCUGCGUUGCCCUGACGCUAUCACGGGAAUGGCGGUGUGGUGCGCUGGCCUCGCUGCCAAGAACCUACAGUGGAUCGGCACGGUGGCGCUGCAUGCAGAGGGCCGCUUUGAGAAGGCAGCGAUGGACUACCAGGAGCAGGUGUGCCUGCUCACCGGGGUGGACUGCAGCAUCCGGGGCCUGGACAAGGCUGUGCUGCGGCUGGCGAAUCCAAGCACCAGCACGACAAGCCCCAAGCACAUGACCAAUGGCGAAGGCAAGAAGACCGUGCUGACUAAACCGAGCGAGCCGCCGUGGGAGAUGGUCGGGUACCUGGCGAGCAGGACGGCAGAGUGCUACGUGGCGCUGUCCGACUGGCAAGCCGUGCAGGAGUGGCAAACCAGCGCGGCCGCCCUCAAGCCCAGCACUGCAGCUGCCCUGGCCCUCAAAGUGGACAUGAACUACAUUCGUGCCCUGAGCCGUUUUGAAGACGGGGACUUCACCGGAUGUCGGGAGCAACUGGAUCUUCUGCCCGGAGAAGGACUGAGCAUCACGCCCAAAACCGUCAAGGAAAAGAUGGACUUCAAGAAGUUGCUGCCGAGCGUGUUGAGUCCGGACCCGACGGAGCUGCACAAGGCGGUGGAGACGCAGCUGAUGCGUGCGGCCACGUGCUACGUGGGUGCCGCGCGGUCCGAUGGUGCAGAGCAGGAGGGCCACCUCGCGGCUGUCACAGAGCAAGUGUCCAAGUACCUGAAGCAGACGGCCAAGCUCACGGUGACGCCGCUGCGACUGUCGUUGCUGAGCCUGCGCCCCUGGCUGCCGGCGCUCCCCACGCUGCAGCUCUACUCCACAAGCAGCCUGCAGAACACCAUCGCCAAUCAGAUGGGCACCAAGGAGUGCCUGGUGCCUGUGAGCGAGCGCGUGCGCAAGUCCUGCAAGCAGCAGGACGUGCGGCCGUGGCUGCAGGCCCUGCGUUACGCUUCCUUUCAGCAGGCGCUGGCGCCCAACCUCACACUCACAGGCCCCACCAUCCCGGUGGAUCUCCACGUCACGGAGCUGCGUCUCACUGCCGCGAAGUUCGCGCGCAAGCGCGGCAACGUGGCGCUGGCGACGCGGCUGCUGACCCAGGCUGCCGGAUCGUCAAAUAACACCGCGGGGAAGGAUGCUGGUGUGGCCGGAGAGGUCAUCGCUGGCACUCAGGACCUGGCCGAUCUCCUGUCUGGGCUCACUUUGAAGCAGGAUCACGGGGGCAUGGAGAAAUGGGUGGCCGAGCUGGACAUUGAGAAGGCCAAACUCCUGUACUGCAUGGGCCAAACGACUCGCGCCAUGGAAAUGCUGAGCUUGUGCGCGCUGUCGCACUGCUCCGGGCCUGCGAGCCAGGCCUGCGCCCGCUCCCUGCUCACCCUCACCAAGUGGCUCUACGGCGACUGGAAGGAGGCCUCGGUCCACCUGCGCCAGGUCUUCCGAGCUCAGCUGGAGGCGGCUGGCGGAGCGCUCUCCCCGCUCGGCACCAACAUCUCCGCGCUGGCGGAGGCGAGUCGCGCGGUACCGCCCACAGAAGACCGUGCACCGUCCUGCCCUCGCCUCACGCCCGAGACAUCAGUGAGCGUGGGCGUGGGGGAGUCGGACGUGAUCAUGGGGCAGCUCUAUCAACUGACGGCAAUGCGCGCCCCUGAAUCGGCUAAAGCCUGGGCCUCCCUGGGCAGCUGGGCCUAUCGCUGGGGACGAAAAGUCGUCGACAACUCCAGCCAAGGGGCGAGCAUCCCGCUGCUCGGCACGGAGAAGGCGGAGGUGGAGACGCUGCUGCCGGCGUGCAUCCCAGAGGAGGAGAGGGCGCUUGUCUACAGCAUUCUGGGUCAGGCCGUCUGCCGGGCCACCGGCCUGCAGGAUGAGGAGCUCUCGGUGCAGACUCCCGAGAGUGAUGAGGGAGGUGGCGCAGAGGCUGUGGAGGGCGCCGCGGAAGGGGAGGGCGAGGGGGCCGUGCGGCGCCGUUUACUGGCUGCAUGUCCAGCCCUGGCCGACGAGGACCCCGAACCGGCGCUCGACGGACUCCUGUCCGUGUGGCGCGCCGUCGCAGGCCGCAUCUUCGGCCUCUACAAGCUCUCCUGCCGUGCCUACUUCAUCUUCCUGAGGCUCAACGCUGGGCAGGCGGGGGCCAAUGGAGAGGAUCUUUCCAAGACACCUACGGCCGCUCCGGACAACCGACAGCAGAGUGGAGAUGACCUCAUCGUUAUGGCGACGCUGCGGUUGCUGCGGCUGCUGGUAAAGCACGCGGCGGAGCUGCGGGAGGAGCUGGAGCACGGACUCGCCAGCACGCCCACGUCUCCCUGGCGCGGCAUCAUCCCUCAGCUGUUCUCGCGGCUCAACCACCCCGAGGCGUAUGUGAGGCAGAGCAUCUGUAACCUGCUGUGCCGCGUGGCACAGGACUCUCCGCACCUCGUGCUCUACCCUGCCAUCGUAGGCUCCGUCUCGCUCACCGGUGACGCGCCUGGCUCGGUGGGCGGUCGCAUGUCGGCGCUGCCGUCUCUCCUGGGCAGCCUGAACGAGCGCGAGGGCGGCCUCUCGGGACCCGAGGGGGCAGCGAGCUGCCCCUCGCAGGCAGACGGGGAGGGCACGGAGGCGCUUCCCCCGCUGGUGGGAGCAUCCAGUCAGGACCAGGCCAUGAUGCAAGACUGCUACAGCAAGAUUGUGGACAAGCUGAUGGCCAGCAGCCCCACCAUGGUCUCACAGGUGCAGCUGCUGGUGUCAGAGCUGCGCCGGAUCACGGUGCUGUGGGACGAGCUGUGGCUCGGGGUGCUGCUGCAGCAGCAGAUGAUGGCGCUGCGACGGGUGCAGCAGCUGGAAGACGAGGGCAAGCGCGUGCAGGCCAACGUCACGCUGCGCAAGGAAGAAAAGCUGGCCAUAAUGCGAGAGAAGCACACGGCGCUGAUGAAGCCGGUGGUCUUUGCGCUGGAACACGCACACAGCAUCACGUCGGCUCCACCGGAGACUCCGCACGAGCGCUGGUUCCAGGACACGUACGGAGCCUCCAUCUCUGCCGCCCUGGAGCGCCUCAAGAACCCGCCCAACCCCGCCAGCCCCGGCGCCAGCUGGGCUCCGUUCCGACAGCUGCUGCAGAGCCUGCAGCAGCGCGCACAGAAGCGCACCAGCUACCUGUUGCGUCUGGCGGAGAUGAGCCCUCGGCUGAGUGCCCUGGCGGGCACGGAGAUGGCGCUGCCUGGGGAGAGUCACGCACGUGAGGCCGUGUGCAUCCACUCGCUGGCGCCCAGUGUCUCCAUCCUGCCCACCAAAACAAAGCCCAAGAAGCUGUCCUUCCUCGCCUCUGACGGAAAUACCUACACCUACCUCUUCAAAGGUCUGGAGGAUCUGCACUUGGAUGAGCGCAUCAUGCAAUUUCUCUCCAUCGUCAACAACAUGUUUGUGAAGGGGAACGGGCGGGAGUGGCACCGCUUCCACGCGCGCCACUACUCGGUGACGCCGCUGGGCUCGCGCUCAGGCCUCAUCCAGUGGGUGGACGGCGCCACGCCGCUCUUCGGCCUCUACAAGCGCUGGCAGCAGCGCGAGACACUCAACGCUGGCCACAAGACACCGGGCGGUGAAGUGCUGCCCCCGACCGGCGUGGCCGUGCCCCGGCCCAGCGACCUCUUCUACGGAAAGAUGACACCGGCGCUGCGUGCGGCGGGCCUGAACAGCGAGGUGGCACGGCGCGAGUGGCCGCUGUCCACCAUGCGCUCAGUCCUGCUGGAGCUGAUGGACGAGACGCCGCCCGACCUGCUGGCACGCGAGCUGUGGUGCUCCAGCGCCAGCCCUGACGAGUGGUGGAGAGUGACGCAGAUGUACUGCAGGUCGACGGCCGUGAUGUCAAUGGUGGGCUACAUCAUCGGACUGGGCGACCGGCACUUGGACAACGUGCUGAUUGACAUGACCACUGGCGAGGUCGUGCACAUUGACUACAAUGUCUGCUUUGAGAAAGGCAAGAGCCUUCGUGUUCCGGAAAAAGUUCCAUUCCGGAUGACGCAGAACAUCGAGAGAGCUCUGGGAGUCACGGGCGUGGAGGGAAUAUUCCGGCUGUCCUGCGAGCAGAUUCUGCAGAUCAUGCGGCGCGGGCGAGAGACGCUGCUCACGCUGCUGGAGGCCUUCGUGUACGACCCGCUCGUGGACUGGACGGCCGGCGGAGAGGCCGGGUUCGCCGGCGCCGUGUACGGGGGUGGCGGUGGGCAGCAGCCAGACAGCAAGCAGAGCAAGCGGGACAUGGAGCGCGACAUCACGCGCAGCCUCUUCUCGUCACGCGUCGCUGAGAUCAAGGUGUCGUGGUUCAGGAAUCGUGACGAGAUGCUGGCAGUGUUGCCUCGGCUGAAGUCCGGUCUGGAGGCCUAUGUGUGCCUGCAAGACACGCUGACCACCGGACAGUGCCUGCAGGACAAGCUUUUGGAGCAGCUGGAGUAUGUGGAGAAGGCCAGCCGCGAUGCUAAGCACCCCGCGCACUCCCUGCACAACAGGUAUGAGGAGUACGCACGCCUGGAGACUCAGCAACAGGCGGUGCACGAGGCAGUGACGCUCAAGCUGAGCGAGUGCGAGGCCUGGAGCACACAGUACAUGCAGGCGAGCAGCGGAAUGGAGGCCGCCCGUCUGGGAGCUCUGCUGGACGACAUUGCUACGCCCAUCGACCUGGGCCCCCCCAGCUACGUGCCGGCCACCGGCUUCCUGCAGAGCGCGGGGCAGGCGCAGGUGAUUGCGCAGAGCGAGGCGGCCGAGUGCGAGCUGGUGACGGCGCUGCAGCAGCGGCGAGGCAUCCUGCGAGGCUGCCUCGAGGCGCUGCACAACUAUGCGGCCGUGGGGCUGCACUACCCGCGCGCCGCCUUCAACACGCACCGCGCGCACCGCUGGGCUUGCUGGCUGCAGGCGCUUCUGUGCGAGGUGGCGCCCACGCGCUGCCAGGAGAUCUACGCAAGCUACGAGGACGCCUACCUGCCCCAGCCGGGCUCUGCGCGUGCCCAGUGGGUCUUUGGGAUGGAGGCGGCGCUCCAGCUGGCGCUUACCGAGCUCAACGGGCGCCUGCUGCGGCAGUGUGAGCGGCUGAAGCAGGAGGGGGCGGUGCCGGCCGCCUGUGAGGAGCACACCAAGGAGGUGGAGCGCUGCAUCCAAGUCUUCCUCGAUGAGGACAGGGGCUGUGGAUCCACCAGCCUCGCUAGCGUCAUCGUCGGGGCGCUCAGCACCCUCACCAGGCGGUCCCUCCACAUGGAGCGCGCGGCCUCGGGAGCCGGGGACCAGCUGGCCGACCUGACGUCGCGUGACGGCGACUGGUUCCUGGAGGAGCUGUGCAGCAUGAGCGGAAACGUUGCCAGCCUGGUGCAGCUGCUAGCGCAGUGCAAGCUGCGUGCCCUGCGCGACCUCGACACGCCUCUCCUGCACCUCGAGGCCACGACCGCCGUCUUCCUGGCGCACAGCGUAUACACCUCCCUGCAGGAGUUGAACACAAACUUCCGGCAGAUAAUAUUUCCCGAGGCUCUGCGCUGCCUGCUGCGCGAGGAGGAGAGCCUGGAGGGCCUCCUGGCAGAACUCGGGUCCCUGGUGGAGCAGGCCACCGACGGAGCUCCGCUGCAGACCCUGAUUGACGGCCUCCACGGCCACCUCCGCAACAAGGCCAUGGGCAUCGAGGACGAAGCCGGCACGCACCUCGUCAGCAUCGUCAGGGAGCUUCGUGCGCAGUACGGUGAUUUCAUCCAACCGCGGGGUCACGAUGGCGGUGUGGAGGACCCCCCCAAAAUGUCAGCGGGACAGAUGCUGCUCAUGGCCUUUGAUGGGAUGUUUGCUCAAGUGGACAGCUCCUUUACACAGCUCACAGAGCAGCUGGUCCAACUUGAGGUGCCAGCAGCGUGGCGCAAGGUGGACGUUCUGCGCGAGGCGCGGGCGCUGCAGGCGCACAUCAUCGACCUGGAGCUCAACCGCCGCUUCAUGCAGGACGUGUUCUUCCUCAAGCGGCUGCAGACCAUCCAGGAGUUCUUCACGCAAUGCCGGGCCUACGCGCAGACCCUCGCAGGCAUUCGGAGCAUGGAGGAGGGCGGCGGUAGUAUCAUCGCCGGGUCCUUCAACGGGCCUUCGUUAUCCGCUACCAGCAAAGUGGCGCUGGUCGCCCUGCGACCCACCUGCCUCGGUGAGGAGCAGCUGGCGCGUCCCGUGAAGGCGUUCACAGCCGACUUUGUGCGCAUGCUGCUGGUGGGGCUGCCCACUCAGGCCUUGGGCCUCACGGUCUGCAGCUACCUUGGCGUGCUCGGCUUGGAUGUCACGGCACAGGUGGAGGCUCGCGACUUUGGCGCAGAGAGCAAGGUGUCCGUGGACGAGUUAUGCAAGAAGGUGGCGGAGCUGAGCCUGCAGCAGGGCCGCUUCUCCACCCCGGACGCGAACCGUGCGGCCGUGCUGGCCGCCUCGUUCGACGCCGCGUGGAAGCGGCAAGACCUGGCGCGACGCCUCGACGGGGGCAUCGCCUCCAGCAAGGACGGCCUGCAGCGCCUGCAGAUCCACGUCGCCAUGUUCCAGUGGCUGCACGAGGAUGUGCUGAUGAGCCGGGGCCAGCCCAUGGUGCCCGUGGGCCUACCCCGUACCGGCGUGCUGGCCAACAUGAAGAAGAAACUGCACGCAUUGACCCAGAUGGAGACCUCCAUUGCGGCGCUGCAGGAGCGCGUCGCCGUGCUGGAGGGCAGCAUUGAGCAGAGGCUGAAGUGGGCCGGCGGGGCCAACCCCGCUCUGGCUCCCGUUCUGCAAGACUUCGAGGCAACCAUCUGCCAGCGCCGCGGCACCCUGCUGACCGAGAAGGAGCGCGUGUCCAAGGUGACGAUGCUGUGCGGAGCGGUGCUGCACUUUGAGAGCCUGCGCACACGCACGCCCGAGUCGAGUGUGCUGGACAAGGCGUGCCUGGAGCUGCUGCAGCGCUGCCAGGGAUUGAGCUCCUACGUGGCGCAGUGCAGCAACAGCGUCUCCCCCCUCGAACUGCAGCUGCUGCGUUGCCUGAUGAUGUCGAGCCCCCCCCAGCCCGUGGGCUCAGGGGAGUGGCUCUUAGCCGCACACCGGCAGCUGUCGGCGGAUCUGGCGGCGUUGAGGACGGCGCAGGCAGACAAGGAGCAGGAGGCGGACGCAGCACUUGAUGGCCUGCAGGAGCUCGUGGACUUGGUGAAGAUGGUGCUCACGGGCCACAACAAACUUCUGUCCGACGUCAAGUACUUGCUCAAGACCAUGGCUAAGGACGAGGAGGCUGCCCUGGCUGAGGGCGAGGCGAGCCCGUACGAGGGCAGCGUGCGGGAGUUUUUGGCGCAGCACCGCGCGUGGCAGGAGAACAUGCAGACCGUGCUGUUCACCGUACUGCAGGCGUGCGAUCAGGCACAGGGCCGCGAGCACGUCGAGAUGCUGCAGAGCAUCGCGCCCAGCCUCGAGGAGCUUGCAGCACAGAGCCAGGGGGUGUACCACGGCCUGGUGAGUUUCGCAUCCCCGUUGGUAACGGACAGAGCCACGGAGUGUGCUAGCCCCACUCCAGCGCCAGCCCUCCCACCAAACAUCUUGGCAGUGGUUCGUAGCAGCUCUGCGCCUGUGCAGAAGACCCCAUCCGAGGGGCUGUCGCCCUCCGCCAAACGCGGCUCUCACAAGGGCGGAGCUGCCUCCGGAAACAGCCCCCCCGGCUCCAAGCUACCAGCCGGAACCAGCCCACGCAAGACUGCACGGGACCCCAAAACCGGGAAAGCGGUGCAAGAGCGUAACUCGUACGCGGUGAGCGUGUGGAAGCGCGUGAAGGCCAAGCUCGAAGGUCGGGAUGUGGACCCCAGUCGGAGGAUGACAGUGACGGAGCAGGUUGACUAUGUCAUCAAAGAGGCAACCAGCCUGGAUAACUUGGCCCAGCUGUAUGAGGGCUGGACAGCGUGGGUGUGAAUCAACGUGGAGAACGAAAAUCUGUCGGUUCAGAAGUCGGUCGGUCGGCCGUGUGGCCCGCGCUGACCCCACACCCGGCCUCCACAGCGCCCGAGGCCCAGGCUCCUCGGAAGGGGAGGGCGGCGGAGAGCAAACGCAGCCCCCUCUCCCGCCAAGUCGCAGGGAGGUUGGAGGAAAGAGCACCAGGCUGGUGCGGCCUGCUCGUCACGCCGAAGGCAAAACCCCAGAACGCCGAGUUUAGGAAAGCUACGUCUACGAGAGAGGAGUGGAGGAGGCAAAAUUGCGAUGGGAUCGUCGUCGACACGGCAACACGUCCGCUCCCCCCUCCACGUUGCACCCUCUCGCCGUCACCCAGACAGGGGUAGUCCUGCUCAGCCUGAGGUCUUUCUUGGUGCGAAAACUCAUUCUGUGAUGAGGGGGUGUCCAAGUCAUCAAAGACGACUUGCAAAAACCACAAGUGGGAAAACCAUGAAAACACCUGCUCAAACAGGGUAUAUAAAAAGUUAUUGCCCUGAAGUGUGUGUGUGGGGAGACGGCAGGCACAGUGGAACAGCAGAUCGUAAAAAAAACUUUUCUUUAAACAGGAACCUGUUCACACAGCCCGGUGUGAAACUGGUCGCAGUAGCUGCUGGUUGUGAAGUGGUCUUGUUGAGUUGGUCUGUCCGUGAGUGCAAAAGUAAACCAUCCUGUGCUGGGAGUACAUCUUGUGGCAGUGAUAAAAAGGUGGUGCCUGCCGUGUGAGGAGGCAAAAGCUAUUAACGUUUAUAUAAAUAAAAACAACAAAAAUAUUCGUAGACAUUGUGUUUGUAUGCGGUACAAUGGUGGCAAAAUUCUGAUUUUAUGUGGUCUCAUAGCUUCUUGAUGUUAGUGAUUGGUAACAGAAUGUAACUCGAGCUGUUUGUUGAUCUUCGUUUAACUCGCACCCAACCCCUCCUGAAUCUUGACACUUGGCAUAUGGAGCACCGUUAUCUCCGCGUGAUGGUCAUGUGGUUGUUACAGCAAGAGGCCACCAUGUCACCAGCCUUCGUAACAACAGACAUUGACCACAUGCGUUGGAGUGUUGCUGGAAUAUGUACUGCAGCCUCAACGCUUUAUCAGUUAUUUAAUUCCGAGUUCAUUCAACAGCUUCUAACAACACUGUUAUAAAGGUUCAAAUUGAAAUGUAUUAAAUGUCUCCUAAUUUUUUUUAUUUUAACGCCCCAGUGCAGAUGGCAAGAGCUACUAAUUAAUUCAAGCGCAUACACAUCGCAGACAAUUUAUUUACGGAUUCAUUUUGGUUAAGUUUGAAUGGUUUUCAAAACAAUUACUCGCAUUUUCUGGAUUUGAGUGUGUGUCUUGGAGAGCUGAGUAGGCCAAUGCUGCAUGGCAAUUCGUUUUACAUCAUCCGUGACUGCCUUUGCUGGUCUUGGUUGUAAGUGGAUAACACGUGGGAUUUUGUGUCGCGCCUGUCUGUGCUGCGGUCGCCUAAAAUGCGCGUGUAUAUGUUCAUGGCUUUAAUUACGCUUAAAUCUGUUUUACAUGUUCAAUAAAGGAUAAUCACAUGUACCGA